UGAGCGGCAGCGACGCAGAGCGCACAGAGGCAGCGAAGCAGAGCUCACAGAGGACCUGUCGCCAAAGCCCACGGCCAUGGGUAGGGAACUGAAGGUGAAGAUGCUGGGAGGCAAGGAGAUCCUGGUGCCCUUGAGGGACUGCAUGAUGGCAUCGGACCUGAAGCAGCAGAUCGCCCGGGAGAUCGGUGUGCCCGCCUUCCAGCAGCGUCUGGCUCACCCAGCCGGCAAUGUGCUUCAGGAUGGGGUGCCCCUGGUCAACCAGGGCCUGGGCCCAGGCAGCACAGUCCUGUUGAUGGUGCAAAGCUUCAGAGACCCACUGAGCAUCCUGGUGAGGAACGACAAGGGUCGCAGCAACGCCUAUGAGGUCUGGCUGACGCAGACAGUGGCUGAGCUCAAGCAGCAGGUGUGUCAGCAGGAGGGCGUGCAAGCUGACCAGUUCUGGCUGACUUUCGAGGGGAAGCCCAUGGAGGAUGAGCACCAGCUGGGGGAGUAUGACCUCAAGCCUAUGUGCACCGUGUAUAUGAAUCUGCGCCUGCGGGGGGGCGGGACAGGGCCAGGGGAGCACCUCACCGAGUGCUAGUAAUAAAGCUGUGGCAAAAUUGAGUGUAA